CGAAAUGCAUCUUCACAGUUCAUGUCCUACAAGCCAUUCGUAUCCCGUAUGUCCACACACGCCAUUUUUAUUUAUAUAUGUAUGGAGUAGCGGAGCGGAUUUUGUGCGACAGAAUUCCCGUAAUAUUCGCGAGUUGGCUGAGAGAUGUGUCGCCUCGCAAUAUGUGUGUGACGCGAGCCAUCGGUGCAUGCAACGCGCGGCAUUUUCGCGAACAUUUGGCGCGUGAACUGUGGGCUAUUCACGCGAGCGCUUGACCGCAGUGAUCUCGCCGUGAUCCCUGCAACGUUCUUCCCAGCACUCUUCUCGAUAAAAUGGACCAUCGCCAAAAGAUGGUUGUGGUUCCUCAACAAUCAAAGAUUAAAGUUGAGGACGACGACGACGAGGAUGUGGAAGCACUGAGAUUAGCUGCGCUUAAGUCGCUCCGAACGAAAGAUGCCACGCAUAGAAGAUCGGCGCUAUCGCAGAAAGUAUUACCGCAAAUAACGCAAUCAUCACGUUUCUCAUAUAAAAAUCAACGGCCUACGAAAAAGAAUUACUAUAAUCAGAACAGGGUGCAACAGAGGCAGAAUGGCAAUGUGUAUUAUCAGAGCCCUCGUAAUCCGAACUUGAUAGCGAUAGUUCCUGUAGAUGAACCUUCUCCACUUCAACAAUUAGCUUGUCCCAUAGAAAAGACUGAGCCAUGUGUAGAAUCGCGUCCUCAAGAAGUAUCAAAAUUCCAUCGUUUUAAAGAUAGCGGGAGCGCAUCUGAGGAUGAAGAUGUAAAGGAGCAAAAGAGCAUUGUGACCUCUAUAAAGACAGAAGUUAUACCAAAAGAGGAAUCCGUUGAGUUUUCAGUAAAGGUAGAAAAUCAGGAGGGAACCGCAGAGAAUCUGGAGAAGAAUGGUGAUAAGGAAGAAGAAGAAUGUAAUGAUGAUGACGACGAUGUACUCUUAAUGGCUGAUCUCGAGGAAGAAGAUAGUUUAGAACGUUUAAUGGACGAGAUGGAGAGAGAAAUGAAUGAUGAAAAUAAGGUAUCCGAAAAAAGAGACAAAAAAUUGCAGAAAGGCGAAGCCAAAAGUACGGCGAAGGGUGAUGAAGGAAGUAAAAACUUAGAUCAGAAAACGAAAUCGGAUGACAACUACGGUAAGAAGGAACGGAAUAACGUUAUUACCUCAUCUCUGACUACAAUUGUCAAGAACGACAGAAGAUCGGUCUCUCCACACGUAACGAACCGAGUUAGCCAAAAGCGCAGAUCGUUAUCCCCGAGAUCACGAUCACGGAAGAAAUCGCCAAGAAGAUCUCCCAGAAGAUCUCCAGUCAGACAAUUGAAAAAGUCUCCGAGAGAGACAUCGACGAGGUAUAGGAUAUCGCCUCCAUUGUCACGAUAUUCCCCUAGAUCUAGAUCACCCAGACUCUCACCACGCAGAUCUCCAAACAGAGUAUCUAUAAAAAGAUCACCGCUCAGAAAAUUAUCGCCGAGAGCCAGAUCGCCUAAACUUUCGUCGCGAUCCAGAUCGCCUCGGCCACACAGAUCGAGGUCACCGAGACGAUCAAAGACUCCAAGACCACGUUCACCGAUAGUAUCACGCUCCAGAACGCCACGAUUAUCGAGAUCGAGAUCGCCAAGGUAUUCACCACCACUUAGAUCUCCUAGAUCCAAAUCGCCUAGAUUGUCACCGAGAAGAGUGUCACCACGUCGAUUACGAUCCAGAUCUAGGUCACCCGGGUUAUCUUCUCCUCGAAGAGAAUCGUCCCGCUUGAGAUCACCUCGACUUUCGCCACGCAGAUCACCGUGGUCGUCUCCAAGACAUUCGCCCCGUCUUUCGCCACGACGGAAGCGAUCCCCGAAGUGGUCACCGAAGGAAUUACCCAGAAAGCACGGUCCACGUUCCAUUACACCAGAUAAUCGAGAUGGAUAUAUAAGAGAAUCAUCUCCAAUUUUUAAAAAUACAGCAACGUUAGAAUUGUCCAAGACAAAAGCAAAGCAGAAAGAUGAGGCAUAUGAAAAACCAACAACGAUGGCGGAAAUAGCGAAGGAAUCUGUCGAUACGAUUAGCGAUCCUGUACUAGAGGCAAGGAGAAAGAAAUUUGAGUCUAUACGGCCUAUCGAUCCUGUAAAUGCCAAUAAAAAGAUUAAAUUAUCAAAAAAACACACCACGAAUACGAAAGUGGAACCUUCAGAAGAAACGGAAAUUCAAUUGAGUGGUGCAAGGAGACCAAAUAAAACUGUGGAGGAGUACGAUAUUCAGGAGAUGGAUUUAUGUUUGGAAGUAGAUUACGAACUUGAAGAGUGUGAAGAAGCAAUGGAAAAUACAUCGCCAAGCGCUUUUACAAGUACUCUAAACACGUGUUUGGAAGCAGAGCAACCAAAAACGGAGAAAGAAAAAUCCAAGAAAAAGAAGAAGCGUGAUAAGGAAUUAUAUCAAGUCGGGAAAUUAAAGAACGAAUUGCCGCUUUCCGAACGUAUUGGAAAGGAUAAGAAGUGUAAAAAGCGUAAAGAUAUAAUCUCCGAACAAGAUAUGGAUGCUAUAUUUGAAGAUAUAACUGUAGACGAUGAAGGAGACUUACGAGCAGAACUUAGCAGAAGACGUGCAGAAAGAUUGAACAGAACAGUACCGAUUCAGUCCGCUAGAUUGGUGCAGUCAGCUUUUAAAUGUGUUGUUAACGAAGCUGUAAAGAAUAAUGCGAAAGCCAAUCAGAGGCAUAUCAUUAAUACUGAUGAAAAAUCUAAUCAAAAGGAAGUUAGGCGAGUUACUGUGCUACACAGAUCCUUAACUGAAUUACAUGAUUCUGAAGACGAAAGUACUUUUGACUCAAAGGUACCUGUGCGUCUCAGAUUGGGACACAAUAAGCAAGUGCAAGAAUCCAGAGAAUCCAAGGUUACUCGAAAAGCAACCAAAAGACAGGGUCGUAAGGAAUAAAAUAAAUACGCGUUCAUCCGAUUGCAUAUUUAUAUGAAGAGAGAAAUGCGGUUCAGCUUACCGCUCAUUAUGUUGUCGGCACAUAGGAAGAUGCGCGGAUUAAUGGCUACGUUAUCUCAUUUGAAACUUAUAACAUAUGAAGCAUCUCCUUUUUUCUUUACAAGUAUAAAAUAAUAUAAUAACAUUAAUAUAUACUUGAGAAUCCAAAUUUUGAUAUUUUACGAUUUAGAUGUACGCGAUUAUUUAUCAUUAUACAUUGCUUAGGAAAAGUUGAUUACGUGUGAUUAUAUUAAAUCAUUUGUUGUGUUGAAGAAUGUGUACAUAAUUUACUUUGGUCGCACACUUAAUAAACAAAAAUCAUUAAUAAUCCCAAAGCUACCUUUUAAAAAACCUAAGCAUAUUUUAUAUGGAAAUAGUAAUAUAUAUAGGUAUAUUUUAAAUGUAUAUAGUGCUUAAUACCGAUUAAAUUUUAUUAAUAAGAAUGUGUAGUAUAGCUGUAAAUUCGAUUAUCGGUAUUGCGGCACCAAAUAUCUUGUACAAAAUAAUCGUAUAAACAAAUGCAACUUGUUAAAAUUUAUUUGCUACGCGACGUAUUUUUAAUGAGAGCAAACUUGUAAAUGUUAAGAGAUUUGGAUCUAUGGUGUUUUAUAAAUCGAUAUUACACUUUGCUGUGUACAUGUGCCCGUGUAUUGCAAUUAAGAAUUUCUUUGCGGUAGUAUAUUUUUAUUAAAUUAACGAAUAAAAUAAUCGUUUUUUUUUUUAAAUAUCUAUUUUGUGCUAGAAUAUACUGCAUUUACAUGAAUGUAGUGUAUUAUUGUUCAAAAUUGUUUAAAAAUUGUGUACACUAAUUUUAUAUGUUUGGCGGCAGAUUACUGUAAAUAUUAUUGUUAUAUAUUUUUUAUUGUAUCUUCUGAGGAAGAUACAAUUAUAUAUUCUCUACUUAAUGUAUUUUACAUAACUGUAUUUAAUGGCCGCAGAAUUAUACGGAUUGCUUUUAAUUAUAUUUCCAUAUUAAUAAUUAGGACAUAAUAUGCAUUACUACAAUAUAUGUAUAGCCAAUAUGCGUGAACCUUUUUGGGUUAUUGUGCAGCUAUGUACAUAAACUCAGUCUACGUCGGAAAUGAUGUUCGUAUAACAAGUUGAAUACCUCAUAGUAUCUAUGAAGGUGUAAAUGCUGCUUUUACGUCAAUAAAAAAAUAAUAUCACAUUUA